AUGGACGAAAACAACCUACAGUGUCAAAAUGUUGUUGAUGAGAAUUUUGAAGACGUUACCAGCACAGUAAUUAAGUUUAAGCCUCCGCUGUACAAACAGCGGUAUCAGUUUGUUAAAGAUUUGGUGAGUCAACAUGAACCCAAGAAGGUUGCAGACUUGGGUUGUGGUGAUACUUCGCUCUUAUGGUUGCUAAAAUUCCACAAGUGCAUUGAACUGCUUGUUGGAGUUGAUACCAACAAGGAUAAAUUGCAACGGAAAAAGUAUAAGUUGUCUCCUCUCAUUGGCGACUAUCUGAAACCCAGGGAAAGGACCUUGACUGUUACCUUGUAUCAUGGCUCUGCUGUGGAGAGAGACUCCAGUUUGCUUGGAUUUGACUUGGUAACAUGUAUUGAAUUAAUAGAGCAUUUGGAGUCAGAAGACCUGGCCAAAUUUCCUGAGGUGGUAUUUGGGUUCUUGGCUCCGGCCAUGAUUGUCAUCAGCACGCCAAACUCUGAAUUCAAUCCCCUGUUUCCAGCAGUGACUUUAAGAGAUUCCGAUCACAAAUUCGAGUGGAACAGAGUAGAGUUUCAGACCUGGGCUUUGGACGUGGCCAGUCUCUACAAUUACUCUGUGGAGUUUACUGGUGUGGGGGAGCCACCUGCUGGAGCUGAGGAUGUUGGGUACUGUACUCAGAUAGGGAUCUUCAGGAAAAACCUAACAAAGGCAGCUGAGCUGUGUGUUCCCGAGCAGCAUAGUGAACAUGUUUAUAAAGUUGUUUAUACCACCACAUACCCAAGUCUGCAGCAAAAAAAGUACCGCCAGUAUGCAGUGGUGAGUGAAGUGAUUUCCCAGGUCUAUAGCAUGAGGAGGGAUCUUCUGGAAAGUCUGAAGCUGCAGGAUGACGGGGACUUUGAGGAUUUGCCGGAAGACACUGGCACCACAGAGGUCCCCUAUCAGUACUUGCAGCCGGUCCUCACCCAGUUCAGUACCAACCUGGAGAAGACUCCCAAGCCGUUCUGCAUUGGAAAUGUGUUUUAUGUGCCUUUGGAAAGACUCUUUUCAUUGCCCAAAGUGAAACAUUUAUGUAUUAACAUAGAGAUGCUGAAAACUCUGAUUGCAGACACGGUGAUGCUGAACAGCGAUGGUUCUGCAGUGAUGAUUGACAUACAUGAGGAAGACAACGAUGACUGA